GCGCUUGGCAGUGCGCAAGCGCGGUGGCGCGGCUAGCCUCAGGAAGUGUCGCCAACAUGGCGUCUGAACGCAAGACUAAGUUAUCCAAGAACCUGCUGCGCAUGAAGUUCAUGCAAAGGGGCCUGGACUCGGAAACCAAGAAACAGCUAGAAGAGGAGGAAAAGAAGAUGAUCAGCGACGAGCACUGGUACCUGGAUUUGCCAGAGUUCAAGGAGAAAGAGAGUUUGAUUAUAGAAGAGCAGAGCUUCUCGCUGUGUGAAGAUCUUCUCUAUGGGAGGAUGUCAUUCAGAGGAUUUAAUCCCGAAGUUGAGAAGUUGAUGCUUCAGAUGAAUUCCAAGAACAAAGCAGCAGCAGAAGACAACGACGAGACCGUGGAGGUCGAUGUGUCGGAUGAGGAAAUGGCCAGAAGAUAUGAGACUUUGGUGGGAACAAUUGGAAAAAAGUUUGCCAAGAAGAGGGACCGAGCCAAUUACGAAGAAGAUGAAAAUGGAAAUAUAAAACCCAUUAAAGCAAAGAAGAUGUUCUUAAAGCCCCAGGAUUAAAAUGGAUGCCUCCGAUACAGCAGAUGCCUGUGAGAACAGUGUGGUUUGCAGUCACCCUUGUGGCAUCUGUAGUGGUUAAUACUCCAGUGUCUACCUGUAAAGAAAUGCGUAAUUUUGGAGACGUGCUGUUCUUGAGACAGAUGUGUACUGGAUGUUAUACAUCCUUUUGAUGGCAUUCUUCAGGGUCUUCACAUGUAUGGGCACAUGCCACUCCCUAGGUUUUGACCUGAUUUUGAUUGUGUGUAUGUACACACAGACAGGACACAUAUGAACAGCUCUCUGGCUAUUGUCCUGGAUUGACUGUUAUGAACUAAUAUCGCAUAGUUCCAACUGCCCUUAUAUUUAUAGUUUACUUUUUGAAUCAUGUCAAGCCAAUUCAUACAUUCACUUUGGACCCAAAUAUUUGGGAACUUUCCAGAAGUGAUUGAGCAGGAGCAGAUCUGCCUCUCCAGCUGAAAUGUCUGCUGCCAGGUUUUCUCAUCUAUAGGGCUAUAGGUUUUGUUUAUUUAAAGCAGUCACUUGGGUCAUUUUUCUAAUAUUCUGUAAUAAACAUCUGUUUUCUUAUA